AUGGGAGUGAGCGGGAGUAAGUUGAGCAAGAUUAUCGGGGUUGGUGGAGUGAAGCGGUUAAGAGGACCUCCAUUGACACCGAAAGGUUACAUACCUGUUGCAGUGGGGGUGGACAAUGAAACGAAGCGAUUUAUGGUUCACACCACAGCUUUCUGUGAUGCAGAUUUCAGGGGGUUUCUGUUCAAGACAGCGGAGGAAUAUGGUUUCUGUCAAGAAGGCAUUCUUAGGAUUCCGUACGAAUCCAAGGCUUUCGAGGAAUAUUGGAAGAACAAGGGGGCCAAGCAGAAGGUGCUGAGGGUUAGAGACCGAUUCACCUAG